AUGGAUUUCAAAUAUGAACGCCGGGAUAUGCGUGUUUCUUAUCUCAAUGAACCGAGACUCCAAUAUUCGGACGACGAGCGUAUUCUGAGUCCGCUUCAUGACUCCGCCAUCGGCUCCGAGGAAUAUCAGUUAAAAUAUCAAUCCAAGCUCGCGGAUAAUGCUUACGCGCAUGGGAGGGACCCAUCUCUGCUCAACUUGUCCGAGAAUACUCAAAUACGAGAUUGGCGUUCGCUCCGGGUCGUAACGGACUCGGGCUACAACUCCAGAAAUAUCUCUCGGACCCCAAGUGAAGAGGAGACUUCUUGUUUCAUAGCCUCUCAAUUCGAGACAGAUGCACCAUGGCCCUCGGACUUUGUCUAUUAUUUCGAGAAUAAGAGCAUUGAAACCCCCUCCGACGUCAAAAUUUCGGACCUCGAUGAAGACGCGGCGCACAAGCCUAAGUUGCAAAAAUCAUUUCGCCGACAGCCGCCCCCGGGAACACUACCCUGUCCACUAUGUCAUGAUCACCCACAAGGAUACCACGAUGAACACGAACUCCGUCGGCACAUUGACCAGCACCACACGCAGUCGAGAAGGGUGUGGAUUUGCAAAGAAGCGCAACCUGGUGGAACAUUCCUUGCGGGUUGCGUAGCCUGCAGAAAUGAGAAACCAUACGGGGCGAACUAUUAUGCUGCUGGACACCUUCUGCUAGCCCACUUCAACCCAAGCAACAAUACGCUUAGUGGCUGGGAUAAGAAGAGUGAGGGUAAAGGCGGAACGGGGAUUGGGGACUGGUCGUCGACGCGAAUUGAUUUCAAAGAUUGGAUGUACGAAGCGCUGGAGGUACAUGACGGCAACAAAUUAGUCUUCAUGUCGCUCCAUCCGUCCCCCGUCAUUAGCCAGAGCGAUUCCGAGGUAGGAAGACCCGUUACAACUUCUGGGAGGGAAAUUGUCCCAAAACACAACUUGUCCGAAGCUCCUAGGGGCGCAAACGAACAGUCAAAAGCCUCAGAUGAUAUCCUGGGCAUAAUUUCUCGCAGAAAUGUUGCGGAGACUUACACUUCGGAGUCUAGCAUGGACUUUCCUCAGUCAAAUGCUGACGGUGUGCGGCCUGGUACGGCCACCGCUCGUCAAGGGCCAUAUUCACCGAUGAUUCAGCCCAUUGCGUUACCAGCGGACCCAACAAGUUCAGAAGUGAGCUAUGUCCCAAGCACGCCACAGAGUCCUUCCUUGAGCAGGGCAGUCGACAGCUCGAGAAGUCUUUUAAGCAUCUCUGAAGGUGAGCUCUCAUUUAUGGGCGUAGAGCAAAGCCAGGCUACUGAGAUGCCUCCGUCUCGCUUCAAUUCCAACACUGUUACUUUCCUCAAUGGCCUGGCUCAGCGGAUUGUAGACCGAUGCAUCCACGGGUCUUAUCAGCACAGGCCGAGAAUGCGAGUCGGGUCGGAACACACAUCUUCUUCAGAAUCAGCGUCCUCCUCGCAGCCGUCUACAAGGACGACUUCGGCAACAAGUCAGUCGAGCAACCUGCUAGGGUUGCACCCGCGCGGUAUCGGCUUUGACGAGCCUGAUGAUGACGAUACUUCGAAGCGCUCCCCAGUCUUGAAGAGAAAAGUGGACGAAGAAGAGCCACUAUCGAAAUUAUUUGCAUGUCCUUACUCCAAAUUUAAUCCGUCCAAAUACUCCCGGGAGAAUCUGGCUGAGCCCGCCUAUUGGAAUUGCAGCAAUUGCUGUCUCCGCGACAUCUCUAGACUAAAGCAGCAUCUGUAUCGUAUCCAUAAGAGACCGGACUAUUAUUGUGGAAGCUGUUUCAAGUCAUACAAGUCGCGUGAACAGCUCGAUGAACACACCAGACAGCGGCCACCAUGCGAACUGCAGGGUCCUAAAUACGAAGACAAGAUGACCGACGACCAGUUUCAUGCCAUCAAGCGCCGCAUGAUACGAGGAGAUCCAUGCGAGCUUUGGUUCAACAUCUAUAGCGUACUUUUCCCGAGUUCGCCGAGGCCAUCAUCGCCCUUUGUUACGACCGCGGACGCAACCAUGAUCAAUCACUUCGUGAAUUUGUUUCGGUGGGUCGGCCCCGAGGAAUUGAUGAGUAUGAUGCUUGAUCGACGCCAGCAGCCUGGGCAAAACCCGCCCUUGGACCUUUCCACUCAAGCAAUCGUGGAUGAGGCAUUCGAGAUUGCGCUGCCGAACUAUUUGAGACAGACAGAGUCCCGGUCAUCCCAACCAUGUAUGGGCCCGGCAGUUGAAGAUUCAGCAGACGAAGAUGUCUUCACAAUGGCUCCGACAAGAAGCACGACACAGAGUGUGGCACUAUCUAACUAUUAUGAAAUCGCCGGAUUUGAGCCGAGGGUUCCAGAAAUUGCAGGAUCCAUCGACCAUCCCACAGAUUUGAAUACUCAGUUUCUGAACACAGAAGGGUGGCUGGCUCACGCCUUUGACACAGCUCAAGUGAAUGCGGCUUUCGACAGUUAUGCCGCAACUGAUGUUCCUCGCAUGAAUCAAGAUGAUGCCUAUGCCAUGUCGAGCCUUCAUAGCACGACUGCUCCUUCUCAACUGAGACUGUCCAAUUGGAGCUCUGAAAUCUCUUGGAACGAAAAUCAAUAG